GCAGGGGCGAAGGUCGAGCCGGCGGAGACAGGGCAGGCCGGCUGCUCGGAGGCCCGGAAGGCAGUCGGACGCCCGGAAGGCAGUCGAACGCCGGACACCGGGCGGGCUGCGAUCCUCCCACCGCCCCGAGAUGGGGGCUUGGGCCCUGCUCCUGGGGGCUGGGGCCCUGCUGCUGCUGCCGCUGCUCCCGGCCGAGGCGCAGGCCUGCUCCGUGAGCGCAAACGUCGUCGAAGUCGAGGAGAACAAGAACUACACCCAGCCCCUGGUGGACAUCUCCGUCCCCCAGGGCCAGCAGGUGACCCUCGGGUCCUCGUCCACCCCCUUCGCCUUCCGGAUCGAGGGGACCCAGCUGUUUCUCAAUGUGAUUCCCGACUACGAGGAGAACCCGGUGCUGGAGGCCCACCUGGAGUGCAGGCGAGGGGACACUCUGGUGACCCAGCAGAAGGUGCUUGUCAUCGUGCUGGAUGUCAAUGACAACCCGCCCAGGUUCCGCUUUGAGGUCAAGGUCCAGAAGGUGUCCGAGGACACUAAAGUGAACACCACUGUCAUCCCGGAGACGGAGCUGCAGGCCGAGGACCUGGACAAAGAUGACAUCUUGUUCUACACCCUGCAGGAAGUGACCCCGGGUGCCAGGGACUUGUUCUCCUUGGUGGGUGUGAACCUGCCCGCCCUGCGGCUGGACCGGCCCCUGGACUUCGACCGACAUCGGAACAUGACCUUCCAGCUGCUGGUCCGGGACACUCAGGAGGAGGAUGUGGUACCCAGCCACACGGCCACGGCCACCCUGGUCCUGGAGGUGCAGCCCGCCGACCUGCGGCCCCCCUGGUUCCUGCCUUGUGUCUACGAAGAGCCUCACUUCUGCCUCUCGGCCCAGUACCGAGGGGCCAUCCCCACAGGCCACAGACUGCCGUCCCCCCUCACCCUGUGGCCUGGGCCCAUCUAUGCCGUGGACGGGGACUGGGGCAUCAACCAGCGCAUCAUCUACAGCCUCGUGAGACGACAGGGGAACGAGGACGACACUUUCGCCAUUGGCGCUGACUCAGGCAACCUCACCAUGACCAAGAGCGUCUCCAGCCCCCGGACCUUCGUUCUGCUGGUCAAGGGCGAGCAGGAGGACCGCGCCCGCUACUCGGUGACCCAGGUCACCGUGGAGGCCCGGAACGCCUCGGGGAGCCUGCCUCGCUUCCCUCAGAGCCUGUACCGCGGCACCGUGGCUGUGGGCUCCGGUGUGGGCGCGGCAGUCAAGGACGCAGCCGCCCCCUCCCAGCCUCUGAGGAUCUGGGCCCAGGACCCCGAGUUCCCAGACCUCAACUCAGCCAUCACCUACCGAGUCACCAACAACUCCAACUUCCGAAUGCAUGGGGAGGAGGUGCUGACGGCCGCCCAGCUGGGGCAGGCCGGGGUCUUCUACGCAGAGGUGGAGGCCACCAACACGGUGACGUCGGGCACGGCAGCCACCGUCCUGGAGAUCGAAGUCACCGAGCAACCGCCCACCCCCACAGGCACAACCCUGAGGCCACCUGCCUCGUCCACACCUGGGGGGCCCUCCGGUGAGGGAACCAGCACCUCCCCCUCAUCAGCCUCGCCCACUGGGAACUCAACACAGACCCCGAACCCAGGCCCCCCUGGGACUGGAGGAGGUACUGGCGGGGUCCCUCCAGGUGGCAGCCACGCGGAUGACCAGCGCUACUCUGUGACGGAGAUGGCGGCCCUGGGCGGGGUGCUGGGCACGCUGCUGCUGCUGGCGAUCAUCGCGCUGGUGAUCCUGGUGCACAAGCACUAUGGCCACCGGCUGCGGUGCUGCUCCAGCAAGGCGCCGGAGCUCCAGGGCUUUGACAACAAGACCUUCCUCGCGGACGACGGAGAGGCCAACUGGGCGCCCGCCCCCAGCACCCCGCCCACCCACACCCAGGCUGAGGUCCCGGCCGAAGCGUCGCCCGAGCCUCUGACGCCCGAGCCGCCCGCGCCCCCAUUGCCCACGCUGCCCGCCCCUGCGUCCCCCAGCCCCAUCCCCGAGUCCCCUGCGGUUGCCCGGGACGAGGGCGGACCCGCGGGCGUGCGGUCCAUCCUGACCAAGGAGCGGCGGCCCGAGGGCGGCUACAAGGCCGUGUGGUUCGGCGAGAACAUCGGGGCGGAAGCCGACGUGGUGGUGCUGAACGCGCCCACCUCGGAUGCGGACCCGGGCAGCGAGGGUAGCGGCGACGAAGGCGACGGAGCCUCGGACCUGGGCGACGCCCCCUACACGUCCACCCACGACUCCACCUACAUCUAGCGCCCCCCAGCGGAGCAGGGGCCUGGCAGCCGCGCCGCCCCCCAACCCUUUCUCCCCACCCCCGCCCCGCGCCGCGCAGAAUAAAGUGACGGUUC